GCACGGCGAGACAUAUCAGAAGUAGAAAGCUGCGACUAACUAGGAACAUCAUGAGCGAGCCGAAUGUCAUUAGCGUAUACGGUAUAAUAGAUGCGUACUGUGGAGAUGAAAACAUACUGCAUAGGGCCUCUCCAACAUGAUAUACUAUCAACGAUUCUUGGGCUUUACAAUCUUAACGCCAGACAACGUGGGUGUGCUUCUUCGAGGUGCAGACGAGGUACCCGUGGUCGUCGAAGGCGCGACGCGAAGUCCUGGAGACGCAGGUUUUGUAGGUAGCGGAUUCACAAUGGGUAAGGAGGGCAACGAUGCAGUAGAGCGAACUGACUGCCUUUCAGCGCCUCUCGUAGCAGCUCUUGGGGUGGAUGUCGAGGAUGAUGAAGUCGUCACUCCUAUAGGUUUUGGAGGGAGCGAAGGAUGGAGUGGAACAUCGGGCUUUGACUGUUCCAAUUGCCGUAGCUUGGCCUCCAUCUUCGCGAUCUUGUCCUCAGUACUAUGAAAAGAACACAAGUAAACCGGUUGCAAUAUCGAUAAAUGUGGAUACACCGAAC